AUGCUUCACCUACUUGAAAUUGUCGCCACGCUCGUUGGCGCGUACCUAAUCAAAGUCAUUCUGACCCACAGGAAGCUCCCAGCACCACUUCCUCCGGGGCCCAGACGGAAGCCCCUCAUUGGAAAUCUACUCGACCUUCCUCCCUCUGGCGGACUGGACUGGGUACACUGGCAUAAAUUCAAGGAGCAAUAUGGCCCAAUCAGCUCCACCAGAGUCCUUGGAGAGACAUUUAUCAUUAUCAAUGAGGCGCAGAUCGCCGUGGAAUUGCUGGAGAAGCGCUCAGCCAUACAUUCCAGCAGGCCGCAGGGACAAUUCAAUCAUAUGUCCGGCUACAGUGAUGUUACCAGUGCCAUGGCAUACACAGACACGCUGAAGGUCCAUCGAAAGCUGUUGCACAAACAAGUCGGAUCCGUGAACUCUGUCGCUCGCUUCAAUAGGGUCCAGGAGGCCGAGGUAGGGCGCUUCAUGCUGCGGUCGCUCGACGCACCGCAGGAUUUGAUUGCUCAUAUCCGGAAGUUGGCUGGGGGUGUUAUCCUGAAAGUCGCAUAUGGCUACAACGUUGAACGAGACGGAAGGGAUCCUUUCGUUGAGAUUGCGAAUGAUAGCGUAGACAAGUUUGGCAAAUCUGUUACUCCAGGCAUGUGGCUGGUCGACUUCAUUCCUGCUCUCAAAUACAUACCAGCUUGGCUUCCUGGGGGUGGGUUUCACCAGACGGCGAAAGAGUUCCGCGUGGCUGCGGACACCAUAAGUGCCAAGCCCUAUGCCUUCGUUCUCGACCAGAUGUCACGCAAUGCUCACGUGCCAUCGUUUCUAUCCGAGCUGUUUGAACGAAACGGCAUCCCCGAGCCCGGGACCGAGCAAGAGACGACAUUCAAGUGGUCUGCAGCGACAUUGUAUGGAGCAGGAUCUGACACAACUGUCUCCACUCUAGGGAGCUUCUUCCUCGCCCUAGCCUUGUUUCCAGAAGUACAAAAGAAAGCACAGGAGGAGAUAGACCGAGUGGUGGGCACAGAUCGUCUCCCCGUGUCCGCUGACCGCGAAAACCUUCCAUACAUCCAGGCUGUAGUGAAGGAAGCCUUCCGCUGGCAUCCAGUCGUGCCAAUGGGCCUCGUGCAUCAGUCGACUGAGGAGGAUACAUGGGGUGGAUAUUACAUCCCUAAGGGGUCUCAGAUUCUGCCCAACAUCUGGGCCUUCUUGCAUGAUCCAGCCACCUAUCCCGACCCAGGCGCUUUCAAACCCGAGCGAUUUCUUGAAACCGAAGACCACCGUCCGGAGCGUGACCCGCAUUUCCUAGCAUUUGGAUUCGGGCGACGCGUGUGCCCUGGGCGAACUAUCGCAGAUGCAACCGCUUAUAUUACUAUAGCGCAGUCUCUAGCCGUGUUCAACUUCGCGAAGCCCAUCAGAGACGGCAAAGAAGUUGAGCUGAAGCCGGCAUUUCUGCCCGGAGUGAUCAGUCACCCGGCACCGUACGAGAUUAGCAUCAAGCCUAGAAAAAAACAGCAUGAGGCACUUAUCCGGGCAGUGGAGACAAAGUACCGGUGGGAAAAGAGUCAUGCGGAGGAGUUGAAUCGGGUAGCUUCUUAG